AGUACAAGGCUAGGGUGGUUUUUCUUUUGCUGCAAACAGAGCCCAUAUUCUUCGAGUCACUCCCACGAGCUUCUUCUGCUCAGAACAAUGGCGUCUUCUUCUUCGUCAUCAGCGACCCAGGCGUACGAGAUACCGUGGGUAGAGAAGUACAGACCCUCCAAAGUGGCCGACAUCGUCGGCAACGAGGACGCCGUGUCCAGGCUCCAAGUCAUCGCUCGCGACGGCAACAUGCCUAACCUCAUCUUAUCUGGUCCUCCUGGAACUGGUAAAACCACUAGUAUUUUAGCUCUCGCACAUGAGCUCCUGGGACCAAAUUUUAAGGAGGGAGUUUUAGAGCUGAAUGCAUCAGAUGAGAGGGGAAUUGAUGUUGUGAGAAACAAAGUUAAGAUGUUUGCCCAAAAGAAAGUUACGCUACCCCCUGGGAGGCACAAAGUAAUCAUAUUGGAUGAAGCUGACAGCAUGACAUCAGGAGCUCAGCAAGCCUUGAGGAGGACAAUGGAAAUAUAUUCCAAUUCCACACGUUUUGCUCUUGCCUGCAAUACAUCCUCAAAAAUUAUCGAGCCUAUCCAAAGUAGAUGUGCACUUGUUAGAUUUUCAAGAUUAUCCGAUCAAGAGAUUCUCAGCCGUCUCAUGGUGGUCCUUGAAGCAGAAAAGGUUCCUUAUGUUCCGGAAGGCCUUGAAGCAAUUAUUUUCACUGCUGAUGGUGAUAUGAGGCAGGCAUUGAAUAACUUGCAAGCUACAUACAGUGGAUUCCGGUUUGUCAACCAAGAAAAUGUUUUCAAGGUUUGCGACCAGCCUCAUCCGUUGUUUGUGAAGAAUAUUGUGCGUAAUGUACUAGAGGGAAAAUUUGAUGAUUCUUGUGCUGGUCUAAAGCAGCUUUAUGAUUUGGGCUACUCCCCCACUGAUAUAAUCACAACCCUUUUCCGGAUUAUCAAGAACUAUGAGAUGGCUGAGUAUCUGAAGUUGGAGUUCAUGAAGGAAACUGGAUUUGCACACAUGAGAAUCUGUGAUGGAGUAGGUUCAUAUCUUCAGCUGUGUGGCUUGCUGGCUAAGCUUGCACUAGUGCGGGAAACCGCAAAAGCAUCAUAAUUUCGUAGCUGCUAAAUUCUAAAAUUCUAAGUAGGCCUUCUAAUGCUGAGAUGUUUGUGGGAAUACGCUUUUGGUGUUCAUGUGUAGGUUUUGUAUGGAGGAAUCAAAGCUACUUGCGGUGAACUUGUUUGGGGUGCAUUUUAUUUACCUGGGGACUGCUUGGACUUGUGAAAUAUUUGCUAAGCCUACUUUUAUUCGUCAUGGGGAAAGUUCUUGCCA